GAAACAACCAUAUAUCGUCCGUUGCUAUUCUUACGGCUCUCUUGUUUUCGCGAUCAAGGGAGUUCUCACCGACCUUUCUUGCGAGUUAACGUCCAUGUACACAUCCUCCGGGCCAUAGUGGGUGAAACGUCCGUGUACUCUAGCGGUAGAUAUGACCCGGUUUACUUGUCUUUGGUUCUGGUGCGCUUUCCUGGUUCUCUCAGUCGUACCCCAAUGGAUCCAAUACCCCCCGGACGGACACGCCACUAUGACCCACUACACCAUGCCUUCCAACUACAUCGCUGCCUGCGGGUGCACUACGGAUAGCGAGAAGUACCCCACAGCUGCUAUGAGCCAAUAUGCGUUCGGCAGCAGCACCUCGUAUGGCCCUGGAUGCGGACGUUGCUUCAAUUUGACACUAUUGAAUACCUUCAUGUCCAAUCCGCCUUUCUAUCCUUCGGUUACGAAGAGCGUGGUUGUGAAAGUUACGGACCUGUGCCCGCUCGGAGGAGCUGGAUGGUGUUCAGCGACCGCCAACAAGCCGAAUGCUGGUGGAGCAUAUAUCAAUUUUGAUCUCAUGUACCCGUCUUCCGCUAUACCAGACAAUUUCUUCCCGUCGAAUGCUUCAUAUUACGGGUAUACCGACUUCGGUGUCUGGAACGUUAGUUACCAAGCUGUGUCUUGUACGGAAUGGUCUGGGUAUAAGAAUGCCGCGGCGCUAGGCAGCGUCACCAGCUUAGGAAGCGGAGCUUGCUGUCCAGCGAACCCUACGGACAGUACCAAUGACACAUGUCCAUCCUACUCGCAGCAGAAUGGAAUACCGCCAGAUACCCACACCAAUUGGGCAUACCCGACAUCUAUACCCUAUAUAUCUUGGUUAUCUGUUUUAGGGGGGUUAUUUUUGUCGCUUUAGAGACUAGGUCCUGGAUUUUAUGGAUGGGAACUGUAUGCAUGCUCAAUUGACGGUCAAUGCACGGUGUUGCAAUUCGG